CAACCCCAGGCCUAUGGCAUGCAACCCCAGGCCUAUGGCAUGCAACCCCAGCCAGGCCAAGCGGUCCCUCCAGUGCCCCACCAAACCGUUUACAUCCCGGGGCCGCUGAUCUUCCUGGACCAACCCAUGCAGAUCAGCUGUCCUGCCUGCAACCAGAUGAUUGUGACCCGGAUCUCGUACCAGCCUGGCGCUCUGGCCUGGCUCUCCUGUGGCGGCCUCGCUCUGGUGGGGUGCUGGCUGGGCUGCUGCCUGAUCCCCUUCUGCGUGGAUGCUAUGCAGGAUGUCCAGCACUUCUGUCCCUGCUGCAACGCCUACCUGGGCGUCCACAAGCGCCUCUGAGCGGAUCCAGGCCCCGGUGCUGGGAAGGGCCCCUUUCGUACGGCGCUCCCCAAGUCCUCCUGGGCCUCUCCAGCCCCUCUUCAAGACCUUUGGAGCAACGCAGACCACCUCUCCAGCCCCCCUCCCAAACUUCGGCCGUCCGUGGGAUGAGCGGGUCCUGGCUUCCUGCGAAGGAGCGAAAGGACCACGCGGAGGCUGCCGCCACCCCUCUGUGCCAGGCCUCCUCUGCAGGACAAGUGUGCGGCACAACCUCUGAGGGCCGAAGGGAGGCCAUCUUCAGCAUUCGACACAAGCCAUGCAGGACUCCAGCUGGCUCCCACCGUUCCCCCCGUGGCUCGUGCCUAGUAACGGAGCCACCAAUGUGGGCGGCAGAAGCUCCUGCUGUGAUGCCAAGGCCAGGCGUUCCCCCCGAUCUGAGGGGUUCCAGUUCAGGGAACAUAGACCUUCGUUCGGCCCAACGGGGGGAGAGAGGCCCUGCGGCUGCCUUGGGGAGCAGAGCGGGGGCUUCCGGCACCCCAACCAGGGCCCAGCUCUGCACUCGGGGCUUCAAGGCAGCUUCCUGCCCCCAGGAAGGAGGGUCUUUUGUCCUGGGGAUUUUGGGGGUAGCUAGAGAGCAAAUCUCCGGAGCACUUUAAAGAUGUUGGCUCUGCAAGUCCAACUUUUUUCUGAUUUGCUUCCAAGCUUAGUCCUGACUUGUUCAGCUUUUGAAAUAAAACCGCCUUGCAAAAGGGAAAAAGGACUGCAGGGGAUCCUAGUUUUUCCAAAGGGCGACACCCGGCCCAGCCCUCCUUGCUGUGGGGGGAAAGCGGAGGGGCUCUGCUGGGAGCCUGGCCAGUGCCGGGGUCCUCUGUGGGGCCAGUGCCCUUCAGGGAGGCAGGGCUGGUGGUGCAACUGGGGCCAGGCAGCAUCCCCAUAGCGGCUACAGAGGCGCCCUAGAUGAGGGGGCCUGCAGAGAACCAGCCUGGGCUCAUCUGCAUGGGGGAAAACGGUGGUUCAUCCUGGCAACCUUCCACCCUCCUUCCGGGCAUCCAAGGGGCCUCUGAUGCGCUUGGCCUUCCUCAGGGGGCCGCGUGGGCAGCUGUGCCGGCCACUGGGCUUCAUAGGCGGGCAUUGGUCAGAUCCCCCCCCCCCGCUUGCCUUUAUCCGACCAUCAAAAGGGGCACUGCCAAGAUGAGGCUGCAACCCCCCUCAUCCAGAGCCCAGGCAACGGGUGUUAUGGGAAUUGUGACCCCACCCCCACCCCCUUCUCGGCUUGAAGUGAAUGGGGGCUGCACAGAGGAGGGAUCCUGGCUUCACAGGCCUUGGAGGGUUGCUGAGCCUUUAAAGCACUUUCCAGUUUUGGUGCACAACUUUACCUGUAAACAGACUGGUGGAAAUGUGCCCCCCCCCCCGGAG